AUGGUUUGGAUCGAUGACUGCGGAGUGUGUGGGGCUGAAGAGGAUGUACCGCAGGAAAACCGCAGAGUCCCCAGUGUGUCACCAAACAGGUACCGCAAUAAAACCGCAGAGUCCCCAGUGUGUCACCAAACAGAGACCUACAGACAGAAGUUCCGGACGGUGACGAUUCCUGCUGGAGAGAACCCUGCGGAGACGUACCACCGCCUCAAGGGGCUCUACCGCCGAUGGAUCCGCCCGGAGCAGCACACGAAGGAGCAGAUCGGAGAGCAGAUCAUCCUGGAGCAGCUUCUGCGUGUUUUCCCUGCAGAUAUCCGCACCUGGGUGAAGGAGCACGAGCCGACAGAGGGCCUAGCGGCGGCUAAACUAGCGCAGCAGUACCUCAACGCUCGGAGAGGAGGCCCGGCGCCUUACCAAGGUGGUCCCGGACGUCAGACUCCAGCACAGACCAGCUCUGCCAGAGUCCACACACAGCAGUCUCCAGACUCCAACCAUGCAGCCAGCCAGCGCGGUCCCGGUAAGGACUUUUUCGCCACCAUCGCAGCUCCACUGACCGCGCUGACUAUGAAGGACCAGAGGAACCCGGUCGUCUGGAACGAGGACUGCGAGACAGCCUUCCAGGCCCUCAAAUCCUGCCUCUGCUCAUCGCCGGUGCUGCGGAGCCCCGACUUCGAACAGCGGUUCCUGGUCCAGACUGACGCUUCUGCCGUGGGACUAGGAGCGGUCCUGGCUCAAGGGGACCCUGGGGAGAAGAACGUCCUGUACGGUACCUGA